GCCAAGGUCUUGGACGCAUCUGCCUCAGUGAGAACCAAGGAAGUAACUGUCAAAGCAGAAAAUAAGGUAGAUGAUGAUGAAGACAUCCCAAUUGCCCAGAGGAUGAAGAAAACAGUCUCAUCAAGUAUUAAAUCAUCAUCUACAAACCAAAAAGUGACAAAAGUUGUGUCUUCGGUCAAAAAGACAAUUAAGAAGUCCAAGAAGCCAGAGAAAGAUUCUAAAUAUUCCAAGUCAUCAAAGCAGCUACCUUCGGGUGAUGGACAGAAAAAAUGGACCACCUUGGUUCACAAUGGUGUCAUUUUUCCUCCUCCAUACAAGCCUCAUGGAGUUAAGAUACUUUACAACAAUAAGCUGGUUGGCUUAACUCCCGAACAAGAGGAGGUUGCAACAAUGUUUGCAGUGAUGACAGAUACAGAUUACUUUCACAAACAGAAGUUCCGUGAGAACUUUUGGAAUGAUUGGCAAAAGUUACUUGGCAAAAAUCAUGUAAUUCAGAAGUUGGAUCUCUGUGAUUUCGGUCCAAUAUAUGAAUGGCAUCUGAAAGAAAAAGAGAAGAAGAAACAAAUGAGUACAGAGGAGAAGAAAGCUCUGAAAGAAGAGAAAUUGAAGCAAGAGGAUAAGUAUAUGUGGGCUAUUGUUGAUGGUGUAAAAGAGAAGGUUGGCAAUUUCAGAGUUGAACCACCUGGGCUGUUUCGUGGCCGGGGAGAGCAUCCAAAGAUGGGGAAACUGAAAAAGCGUAUCCAUCCAAGUGACAUUACUAUAAAUAUUGGAAAGGAUGCUCCAAUUCCUGAAUGUCCAAUUCCUGGUGAAAGCUGGAAAGAAGUGAAGCAUGAUAACACUGUCACAUGGUUAGCUUUUUGGAAUGACCCUAUCAACCCAAAAGAGUUCAAGUAUGUAUUCUUGGCAGCUAGCAGUUCCUUGAAGGGCCAAAGUGACAAAGAGAAAUACCAGAAAGCUAGAAUGUUGAAGGAUUAUAUAAAGAACAUUAGAGCAGCAUACACGAAGAAUUUUACAAGUAAAGAUGUUACAAAGAGGCAAAUAGCAGUGGCAACAUAUCUUAUCGAUAAACUAGCUCUUAGGGCGGGCAAUGAGAAGGAUGAUGAUGAAGCUGACACUGUUGGUUGCUGUACAUUAAAAGUUGGAAAUGUGGAGUGUAUCCCUCCAAAUAAGUUGAAGUUUGACUUUCUUGGUAAAGAUUCAAUUCAAUAUGUAAACACCGUUGAGGUUGAGCUUCCUGUUUUCAAGGCAAUUGGACAGUUCCAAUCUGGAAAAAGUAAAAGUGAUGAUCUUUUUGACCAACUAGAUACAAGUAAACUGAAUGCACAUCUGAAGGAACUUAUGCCUGGCCUUACUGCUAAAGUCUUCCGUACAUAUAACGCAUCAGUCACAUUGGAUGAGAUGUUACAUAGAGAAACCAAAAAUGGUGAUGUUGCAGAAAAAAUAGUUGUUUACCAGCAGGCGAACAAAGAGGUUGCGAUCAUUUGUAAUCAUCAACGCACUGUUUCAAAAACUCAUGGUGAACAAAUGAGAAGAUUGACUGGGAAAAUUGAAGAGCUUAAGGAUACGCUAAAAGAGCUGAAAACUGAUUUGGACAGAGCUAAGAAAGGCAAGCCACCGCUGAAGGAUGCCGAAGGAAAGCGAAAGAGGAACUUGUCCCCCGAAGCAUUGGAAAGGAAGAUUGGUCAAACAAAUGCAAAGAUUGAGAAAAUGGAAAGAGAUAUGCAAACCAAAGAGGAUCUCAAAACUGUGGCUUUGGGCACUUCCAAAAUCAAUUAUCUUGACCCUAGGAUUACUGUCGCCUGGUGCAAGCGGCACGAAGUUCCCAUCGAGAAGAUAUUCAACAAGUCUCUCCUCGCAAAGUUUGCUUGGGCAAUGGAUGUGGAUCCCGAAUUUAGAUUCUAAUCCCGGUUCGAUCAAGUAGUCCCCCUUUUUUCUUUCCCCUUUCUUCUAAAGCAAAUAGAAAAGUGAACUAUUAAGAAAAAAAAAAAAAAAAAGAAAGGGCAAUCCCCUCUCUUCCAUUACAGUUACUCAUUUUUUUUUUUUUGAAAUUUUAUAAAAUACCUUCCCUAGAGGAAACUUCUUGUUGUAUGUUAGUCUAAUCUAAUUAUGGGGCAAGUUUGCCUUUAUUUUUCCAACUUCCCCUCCUAGACUGGUUCAAUUUUCAGAUAAAGUUGCACAAGAGUUGUUAGCUUAAA